GGUAGCCACAUGUAUCAAUGCUUCAUUCUAUCUCCAUGACACAAAGAAGCAAGACGUACGAUAUAUCAACUCGUCUAAAAUCGGGGUGAAAAUGGGGUUCUAGUUGCUUGAAGCAGCCGCACACGCAAGUGUGCCCAGUCAACGAUAUAAUCAUGGAGGCCAGUAUGGCGCUUAUAAUUAUUCCUUUCGUCGCAUCGUCGACAGAAGACCAAUUACUCACAUCAACCAACAACAUUCGUGGCACCAUCUUUGAGGCAGAAGCCACAACAUUUAGUCUAUCAUUUAAGCGAUACAGAAAAACGACCGACAGCUAUGGCCGAUUUGCUGAGCUGCUUGCAGUGGAAGGAAGAGCCCGUUUCCCCUGCGGGCUUUCCAGAUUUAGAUUCUAAUGUGACGGAUACAUGGGGAUUGUUUGAAGAUGAAGAGGUACAACAACAGAAAAAAACACUUACUGUCCCAACACAUACACAUGAGAAAGUAGCAGAACCAACAAAAGCUGAAAUAGCAACAAGACUUCUCCAAGAUCUGGAUGAAUGGAUUAAGGAAGAGCCUUUCUCGGACUGGUUGGAGGAAAAGAUCGACCUGCCAAUAUUUGAAGAACUUCCAGGACUCGAGUCCCGCUGCUAUGGCCACAAUUUCCGGGACACUUCCAAGUCCUUCCCCGUUGUGACGCAGGUGUCUGUCAUGACAAUUCCAUCCGUAAUCCCCGCUACAGCAGAGGCAAAAUCCUUACCAGUGCCACAAGCUGUGGUGCUACAGGACACCCAGUCUUUACUCCGCGAGUUUGAGACUGUGUUUGGAGAAGUUGAGCUGACAAAUGGCACCCUCACACCACCACAGAGUCCUCCAGUCCCCCCCUACACCAGUGUUGCUUCUAAAGAUCCUAAGGAAGGAGAAUUGAUAAUCCUCCAGCAAAUGAUUCCUGUUCAACCGAUUCCAGCGGCGCCCAUGAUUCCCGUAAUAUACAAUGGCGAACGAAAAGAAACGCUCUUCACCCUGGAACAGAUGGUUCCUGGAACACCAUCACCAGAUCUGGCCCGUGAACUUGAAGCAGUAGACGAACUUGUCCGCACCCGCGUCGAACACCUCGUAGACAUCGGCAGUAGUCACUGCAUACCAGAUCCGUGGGAAUCAUGCAGCAGUGGAAAUAAUUCCGGUUCAAGCCUAGGAGGGGAAUCCGAAGGGGAAGCAUCUGUUGUGGCCCCUCCCAGUCCUUGCACCAGCUCCAGUGGCAGCAGCUGUGGGAGUGGGGAGGAAACAUGUGAUGACCCUGAAUGGAUUCCAGCAUUAAUCCAGGUGCCUCCAUCGGAUUGUCUGAAGAAUGCGCGUAAACGUGCGGGCAGUACGAAACCAUAUUCCCGCCCUGGAAUCGAAGAGAAACGUAUGCGAAAGAAGGAGCAGAAUAAGAAUGCCGCGACACGUUAUCGUCAGAAGAAGAAGGCGGAGAUUGAGGAGAUUCUGGGUGAAGAGAAAGGGCUGGAAGACAUGAAUGCAGAGCUACAACUUAAAGCUAGUGACUUGUCACGGGAGAUUAAGUACCUCAAAGGACUCAUGAGAGAUUUGUUCAAAGCCAAGGGACUGAUAAAGUGAUGGGUCGGUGAAGAUUCAGAAACGGACGCUUGUGUUACGUAAAGCAAUCCAAUGGACUAGUUGGGAGAAGCUCUUUAAUAAAACCUUCAUCCAGAAGCAAAUUAACCUCAGCAGUUGGUCAUUAGUAAUUUAAUUUUAAGUGUAAGUACUUAAAUGUAACCGAGGACUUGUCUUCUCUGUUUGUUGUAAGAAAUAAUUUCGACAUCUUGUCUGCUAAUGGUUUUUAGUUCUGUUGUUGCAUCUCUAUUAUCGAUAACGAUCGUGAAGUCGCAGUCGGUGCACUACUUCCACGGAGACGUGGGGCAUUGCUCUGUAGUGGGACAUUACUUGACAUCUGAAUGACGUACUCAAGAGUGCAGAUGAUGUGAUGUUAAGUUGUAAUGCUACAGAGGCAACACACUUCGUGUGUUCAACGGAUAUCCCACGUGUAAUCGGCUACAGACGGCUCUUUCACUGCCGAAAUUUCGCGAAGGUCAAAAAUUAAUUUCCCAAUGAGAAAUUCAGAAGAAAAAGAAAAUAUGAAAAAUAAUCUGGUCUUGAAAGUAUUUAUAAUUCUAAAAUAUGUCGCUCUGACUUUGCAGUUGCCACUUCACCAGUCUGAAUUACAGGCUUAAAAAUCCAUCUGUUUGCAACAUUUUCUUUGGGUAUGUGCUGUUAUCCAUAUAGAAAUGUGUUUUGCAUCAUUGCAGAGAUGAUGCAUUUUUCUUUUAUCUUUGUAUUUUUUAUCACAUGGACCAGUGUGUAUGUAUUUUGUCAAACAAUUAUAUAAUAAAUGGAGAACUGGGUGGGCGGAUAAUCUGUA